AUGCCUCCCAAACAACAAACCCCCAAACGCUCCGGCCCCAAAGGCCUCACCCGCCUAUACCUCAUCCUCUACAAUGCGCUCAGCUUCACCCUUUGGGCCAGCUGCACCCUGCGCGGCAUCUACCUGCUCGCCACAAGCGUGAUCCUGCCCCUCGCGCGCCACGAACCCAGCGCCAUCAGCAUCGACACGGUCACGAGCAUCGCCAACACCGCCCUCCCCCCCAUCUUCACCGACAUCUUCCCCGCGCUCCUCAUCACGCAGAGCCUCGCCACGCUCGAGAUCCUGCACAGCCUACUGGGCCUGGUGCGUGCGCCCAUCUUCACCACCGCCAUGCAGGUCGCCAGCCGCCUGCUAGUCGUCUGGGGCGUGCUGUACCUGUUUGGCGGCGACAUUGUGGGCAAUGCGCAGCAGGGCGCGCAGACCGGCGAUGCGGCGUUCUUGGGCUGCCUCACGGCCUGGGGCGUGACCGAGUGUAUCCGGUACGGGUUCUUUGCGUUGCAGGUCCUGGGGACGGGGGUCCCCGGGUGGUGGACUUGGUUGAGAUAUAACACUUUCUACGUCCUCUAUCCCCUGGGUAUCACGAGCGAGUGUGUGCUUGUCGUCAAGGCGCUCGCGCCGGCGGGUGAAUUCGAGCCGCUGUAUCGGUGGUUUUUGAUCGCCGUGUUGGGCAUCUAUGUUCCUGGCUCGUAUAUUCUGUACACGCAUAUGAUUGCGCAGCGCAAGAAGGUGCUGAAGAAGGCUGAGUAGAGCUUUCGGUCGAUAUGGGGUAGAAAUGGAAUGGGAUGUCUGUCUGAUGUCUGAACUCUGAUGUCUGGCUAGGGGAAAGUGACUGUUGACUGUGGAAUGUGUAUAGAUCAUACUAAUGAUAAUCGUAGUUAGUAGUACAGUUAAUCAUAAUAGCUAUC